AUGUCGAAUUUUCCAGCAUCAUUUGGUCGAGGCAAGAUCUUCCAACAUGGUGCACGAAAGGAUAGGCUUGCUGAAGAGGUCAUGAACGCUACAAUGGAAGGUGCAAGAAAUGCUAUGGAGAAGAGUAAGAGCUCAAGUGGUACCGAGGAGUCGUCUUUUGAAACUCAUUAUUAUUCCGAUGUUGAAACUUCUGAGGAGGAAUAUGAUGCUCCUCCACUAGACACGGAAAUUCCAAAGAAAGCAUUGCUACCAAGCGAGCAACCACUUAUCCCCUUCGAACCGGCACGAUUGAAGAGGGGCGAAAGAGCCAUGAUCACACCAGAGAUCCAAGCCAUGCUUAACGCGGCCGGUGUGCAACCGAAUCACAAAUACGAGGGCGAGAUCACAGCUGAAGUCCUCAAUGAUUUACUUACGCCCGAGAACGAGAAUUGUGCACUUCACAUAACCUGCAUUCAUCCCAAAGCUGAGAUGAAGGACCUAUUCCUAACGAUCCAUCACGGGAAGGUAUAUUCUGUUGCUUGGAAUGCUCCAAAUAGUGAGUGGGUGAACGCAGCCGCACGACUUUGUUUUUGCGUACGCGAAGCAGCAGAGAAAUAUCUCGAGGAGAGUGAGACUGGUGAUGGAAUAAAAAUUCUCGGACAGAGAAUAACCGUAGAGUGGAACCGAAACAAGAAAUGUCCAGUUCCAGAGGAUCACCAAUCGCGAGUUAUACAACUCCGCGGACCACAAUCUUUUGGAUUUUCGGCUCAAGAUUUGUUAAAUUUCUUCGGCAAGGAUAUGAAACUCCAUAUCAUCUCUCGAAGAGAGUGGAACCACAAGACUGAUCAAAAAGUUGUCGAACUGGCAUUUUGCGGUAUUAGAGCCCAAUCAAGAAUGGCAUUUCGAUGCUUUAAGCAGAAGAUCGCUGCACAAGGACUUGGAGAUCAUUUUGAUAUUCGAUUUGCGCCUGAUCUGUGUGAUCCGAAUGCGGAUCAAGGCAAAGAUAUGUUCAUGCCGCGGCCACGUACUCCUCGUAUUCCACAAGCCAUCACACCACCACAACCAUCAUCACAACGUACUUUAGAGAGCAUCCGAAGCUCAAAUUGGCGUAGUGGGCAGAGGUCGACCUCCAAGUCUAUUUCCAAUGGUGCUCAAAACACUUCUAAUCGAAUCGGACCAAAAUAUGAGAAAGGUGCUGGUCCAGACGCGAAAAGUUGGAGACGUGCAAUGUGA